UAAACAAGCGUAACAGUAAACCAACCAUAAUCGCGAGUCAGUCAGUCAGUCGCAAAAGUGGGAAGAGAGGAGCAAUGGUGAGAGGAAGCAGAGUAGUUGAAAUCAUCAGCAAAACUCUUUCAGAGAUGCUCGUUUGUCCUCUCUCCGAACAACCCUUAAGGGUCUGUGAGAAAUCCAAUUCUUUGAUAAGCCACGCAAUCGGUGUUUCUUUUCCAAUAGUAGACGGGAUCCCGUGUCUUGUACCAAGGGACGGGGAGAUCGUUGAAACAGAUAGUGACCGUACAGCAGCGGAUGCAAAAACGGAUCACAAGACCGCGCAAGAAUGAAACAAAUGUUUUGUGAGACCAUCGUGAAGAAGAUACUCUUCCUGUCAUGAAAGGAUGGAUGCUUGACUUUUCGGUUUGAAAUUACAGCAGUUAGUGUUAUAAAAUAUGUGCAUUGUGAAUCUUUGUUUGAAUGAUAAAAACAUUGCUCGGUUAACCGAAUAAAUUUCAGGUUGUUAGCUUGAAGAGCUUGACAGUUAUGAAAUAGUCAAAGCAGGUCUGAAAAAUACAAAGAAUUCUUAAGA